GUGAGCUCACGUUCACACAUUGGUAAAGAGGCUGGUCUUGCAAUGCCUUUGAAUAUUUUACUUUUAGUCAGUUUCCCAUCAGAGUCAGAGUCAUACAUGCAUACACUGAGCUGAAGCAAACUACAGCAAUGGACAGCACUAGAAGAUUUGAAAUCUAAUCACAUGCAUUAUAUCUCUUGGAUAUAUUUUUAAUCACACACACACACACUCUCUCUCUCACACACUCACACACACACAUAUAUAGACACACUUAUACAUAUAUAUAUAUAUAUAUAUAUAUAUAUAUAUAUAUAUAGACGCAGAUAUAGACAGAGAUAAUAUCAUCCACACCACGACCAAACAAACACCUUUUUCUUUUCUCAGAGGAUACACAUACACACACAUCUCUCUUUAUCUCCUCCUGGCUUCCUGGAGGAUUGUGCCGGCUGUUUUUCAUGGAGAAAGUCCAGGGAGAAAUGGAGAUUGAGAGAUGGGAAAGGAGCGAAGAGCUGUCAGAUGCCGAGAAAAAGGUGAUUCAAGAGACCUGGAGCAGAGUGUACACGAACUGCGAGGAUGUUGGGGUCUCCAUACUGAUCAGGUUUUUUGUCAAAUUCCCAUCUGCCAAGCAGUACUUCAGUCAGUUCAAGCACAUGGAGGACCCCCUGGAGAUGGAGAGGACCCCACAGCUGCGCAAGCACGCCCGGCGGGUCAUGGGUGCUGUUAACACCGUAGUGGAGAACAUCAACGACUCCGAAAAGGUCUCAUCUGUUCUGGCCCUGGUGGGCAAGGCCCAUGCCCUCAAGCACAAAGUGGAGCCCGUCUACUUCAAGUUCUUCACCGGCGUCAUGCUGGAGGUCAUCGCCGAAGAAUAUGCCAACGACUUCACCCCAGAGGUGCAGAGAGCCUGGACCAAGGUGAAGAGCCUCAUCUACACCCACGUGACUGCCACGUACAAGGAGGUGGGCUGGGUGCAGUAUCCGAACUCCACCAUGUGAGCGGACACAGGGGCAGGGGAGGGGCGGGGAGGGACGGGCAUCAAGACUUCACUAUGGUCUCCCCUCCAGAGCCUCACUGAGCUCAGCAGCCUGGUAGGGUUAGCUCUGUGACAGCAGAGUACAAAUUUUAUCUCCCUGUGGCAAAAAAAGAGGGUGAGGAGUUGCAGGGGGUGGGAAUGGGGAAUCAUUUCGCUUGGUGGCCCCGUCUUGUUCCAGAGGCCAGUAAAUUAAUCGACCUCCCCAAACACAGAGCCUGGCUUUGAUUUGAUCCCUGAGAACUGCAUUGGCUCAAAUACUGCAGUGAGCCAGAGACAUACAGCCCGAAUUUGCUGAAGAAUUAAAAGCCCAUCUUAAUCCCCUACAGUCUGCAGUGCCCCCAGCCAUCAUGGGCUCCAUACGCGUGGGGUUUGUGAUUUAUCAGGGUCAUGUCCUGCUCUCCUGUCUGGUUUGCAAAGGAAACACGUAACUGUUGCAUUUUUAAAAGAAAAAGAACCCAGCUGGUAAGAAUCCAGCCCGGAAUUAGUGUGGGAUGCAGAGAACCUCCCACUAAACUAUAAAUCCCUGGUACAGGAGCAGCCCAACCAGUCGCCCAUCCUCACCCCAUCCUGAGGCAGGAGUAUUUCACUGGCACAGAAACCCUUCUCCAUGGCCGUCUGUUGCCUGUAGUCCUGGAGGCUCGGCCCACCUGCAAGGCGUGCUGCUGCAUUUUCAGAAGCAGUUCCGGCACCACAGAGCAUGUCAUGCGAUGCCAUUUAUAGGGCUUGUAGCACGGCCUUGUGGGUAGAGAGUACAACUCCUGCGGCAAGGGGGAGGGGAGGAGAUUAGCCCAGGAUCUGGGCCCUGCACUCAGAGAAGUGGCAGCUGCAAGACAAUGGGCAGUAGGCUGCAGAUUGCUGCUGGCCAGGGAAAUGCAGGCUCCAGAGAAAAGGAAAGGCACUGGGGAACCAGGCUGUCUCCCUUUAACUCCCUCAGUCACGUCACAGGACAGGUGGGAAGCCGGGACAGGCAUCUGAAUUGACUCAGCCUGCAGGUGCUCCUCACAGCGGCCAUGGCCCAGGGAGCUCGCAAUUAGGGUGUGUGUGUCUGCAGGAAGAAUGGGAGGUUUAGUGCACCCAAGCCCCGGCUACUCUUAGCACCCUCUGACUGGAAGAGGAGGAAUUAUGCAAUGAGCAGGAAAGGGGUGGAAAGAAGAACUGAACAUAUUAAGGGUCAGUUCCUGAGUGUGAUGAAAAGUCUCUACUCACUGGAAAAAAAGCUUUGCUUCUUAGAGCACACGUUUGCCCUCAGAGUGAACCUGGGUUCCUCCAUAUAAAGUGCCUGAUAAAAAUCACUGCAUGUAAGUCACUGAUUCCGUCCCCGUCAGUAUCAUGAGCACCUGAUAAAUCCCCAUGUUCAUUUAUAACAAAUGACUCUCGCCAGCAUCCCCCUCUGGGAGAGAUGCACAGUUGAGCACAGCGGUUCUCAAACUUUAGCAGCCUGAGGACCCCCAUUUUGAUUUUAAAAUUUUCAUGGACCCUCAAGCUCCCCGCUCAGCCCUAGGCCCUGCCCCCACUCCACCCCUUCCCCCAAGAC